CCGGAUGGCUUCACUACGCAACGUUGGAAUUUCCCAAGUAUCGCGAGAAAAUGCGAGAUCGAGAGUGACGUCUUCGGGGUUUGCGAUCACAGGACGCGGUCAUCCAGCAGUCCUUCCUUCCUUCCAUCGCGGAAGAGGCAAAAGUAAAAACAGGGAUAGUCUGCACUCAAUACUACAAGAGAAGUCCAGGAUGAAAGGGCUGUACUGCAAACUGGGUGAAACAGAGGAGCUGAAGUUUAUUAUACAGGAGACGAGUAUAGCUGCAACUCUUGGCGAUCAUCAAGUCAAAGUCCAAGUCAAAGGCUGUUCGCUUAGUCCCGUAGACAUCAAGCUGUGUGAGGAUUUAAAGCUGCAGAGGGAACUUGUCCCAGUGGGUCGAGAGAUAGCCGGAGUCGUGCUUCAAGUGGGGCCCAAAGUGACCUUCUUCCAGCCUGAUGAUGAAGUUGUAGGAAUUCUUCCCCUGGAUGCUGAGAUGUCCGGCCUUUGCGACGUCGUCCUGGUGGAUGAAUAUGAUUUAGUUCAGAAACCCGAGAAGGUUAGCUGGUUUGAAGCUGCCGGAGCAAUUAAGGAUGGUCUCAGGGCCUACACGGCGCUACACACUCUAGCCCACAUGGCUGUCGGAAACACACUGCUUGUCCUGGAUGGGGCGAGUCCUUUUGGUGUGCUGGCCAUCCAGCUUGCCCAUUACCACGGGGUAAAAGUCCUCACUACUGCCAUAUGUCCCGAUGACCAGAAAUUUCUAGAACAGCUUCGACCAAGUAUAGGUGUGCUGGAAUCACUCAUAGCAAGAGUGAUUGGAGUCUGGGACCCAAAAGUGGAUUUAGUGGACUCGUGCAUGGAAGAGACUGGAGGACUUGGGGUGGAUAUAGUCAUUGAUGCAGGAGUGCGUCUUUACGAAGAGGAACCUGAGGUGAAGAGACAUUUUCCACACAAGCACAAUAUUAUCUCUCUGCUUGCAGUUGGGGGCCACUGGGUCACUACAGAAGACACCUUGCAACUGGAUCCUCCAGACAGUCGCACUCUCUUCCUGAAGGCCGCAUCCGUCUCCUUUCUAAAUGAAGAAGUGUGGGAAGCGUCCAGGGCCAGACAAGGCAGAUAUCUUCAUAUAAUGAAGGAUGUGGUGGAGAAGCUAUCGACAGGGAUUCUCAGGCCACUGUUGGAAAAACCUGUGCCCUUGUAUGAAGCCACAGUUUCUAUGGAAAUGGUGCAGAGGCGACAAGUCAGAAAGCGAGUUGUGGUGAAGCUUUAAAUAUCAAAGAACUACAAAGUCCAGAGUUCUGUGAUUUAAAAGAAAUACUGUAAAUACAAAUAUUGAUUUUUGGUGAUUUUUCUUUUUUCAGCAGGCAUUAAAUAUGUGUGUUUCAUCUGAUAGAUAGCAAAAGACUGUGACUAAAAAUAAUUCUAUACAAAUGUUCUGAUAUUAAAAUGUUUAUAAUUAUCAUUA